CUAAAUUUUCCCAGUUUGCAUCAGUUUGUUUUCAUUAUUCCACGAAAAGUAAACAAAAAAAAUCGUAAUUGUAAUGCGUCUGAUACUCUGAAAUGCACAUUUUCACUCCUUUGGUAAAAACUAUCGAUUGUGUUUUACUUUGACUAAGAUGUAUUCUGUGUAUCUGUGUUUGAUGUGCCUACAUGCGUGAAACGAUCCUUGGAUAGUGUGUUCGAUGAUGUUUGACAUUUGUCAUCUCAGUUUGAAAGUGGAUCACUAGAAAGGUAUAGAGGCCGGUUGCACCAUGACAGAGUAUGACACUCAGUACCAGGCCCUGUCCGUGUAUGAUGAGGACGACACCACAGGGGAGGACACUGACAACCAGGCCGAGGCAGAUCUCAUGAUCCAUGUGGUACCCGACUCUAAUAAAGCUCGUUGGAACCACAUAGAGAACCUUGAUGAGUUCUUCACUCGAGUCUACCAGUAUCACCAACGACAGGGAUUCCUGUGUAUGGUAAUGGAGGACUGCCUUCAACUUGUCCAGUUUGUUUUUGUAGCUGUGUUUUCAAGUUUCCUAUGGAAGUGUGUUGACUACAGCAAACUAUUUGCUAGUGAUCAUAAAGUUACACUUCACGAGGCUGUUAAAGACCAAUGCCUGCAGCAGUUUGACGCUCCAAUAGUGUUCUGCCUGUUGGUUGCCGCUGCGUUCUGGUUGUUCCGCUUGGUGAAGGUCAUCUACAAUAUAUUCCUCUACUUUGAGAUACGCUCCUUCUAUCAGACAGCCCUGAAGAUCACACCAUCUGACCUUGCAAACAUGACAUGGCAUGAAGUGCAAUCCAAACUGCUGGAGGUACAAAAGGUUCAGCAGAUGUGUAUACACAAGGCUGAUCUCACACAGUUAGAUAUUUACCACCGUAUAUUACGCUUCAAGAACUACAGUAUAGCCAUGGUGAACAAGGAUAUACUCCCUCUGAAGUUGCAAGUGCCUUUCUUAGGAGAUUAUGUUUUUCUUAGUACAGGAUUGAAGUACAACAUAGAAUUUCUCUUGUUUUGGGGUCCUUGGUCUGCAUUCCAAAAUAAAUGGCAUCUGAAAGAGGAAUACAAAGACAAGAAUUUAUAUAGGAGAAAACUCAUUGCAGAACAAUUGUCACGACGUAUGUUGUUACUGGGCCUGGCCAACCUCGCCCUGUCUCCAAUCAUCUUCCUCUGGCAGAUCCUCUACUCCUUCUUCAGAUAUGCCGAGCUCGUAAAAAGGCAACCAGCAUUUCUUGGUUCCCGAAGAUGGUCAAAUUAUGGCAGACUGUAUACUAGACAUUUUAAUGAGCUUGAUCAUGAAUUUAAUGCAAGAUUAAACCGAGGCUACAAAGCUGCAGACAUGUACCUCAGUAUAUUUUCUUCGCAAUUUCUUGCCAUUAUAGCAAAGAACAUUGCAUUCUUCGCUGGGUCAGUUUUGGCUGUGUUGGUCGUGCUCACAUUGAUUGACGAAGAUGUUCUGAAUGUGGAACAUGUGCUAACCAUCAUGACAUUUGCAGGUGUAAUUGUGACUGCGUGCAAAGUGUUCAUACCGGAUGAGCAUGCAGUUUACUGCCCGGAGGUGCUGAUGCGUAAUGUGCUGGCUCAGAUCCACUACAUGCCUGACCAUUGGGCGGGGAAUGCACACACUACGAGGGUGCGAGCAGAGUUCUCACUGCUUUUCCAGUUUAAGGCUGUAUACCUGAUUGAGGAGCUACUGAGCCCACUGCUGACACCCCUCCUGUUGAUCUUCAAAUUCCGAGGCAAGGCUGCCAGCAUAGUGGAGUUCCUGCACAACUUCACCGUGGACGUGAUAGGGGUGGGCGAUGUAUGCUCCUUCGCUCAGAUGGACAUAAGAAAACAUGGACACCCACAGUGGAGAAGUGAGACUGGUGCCAUGUCACAGCCCCAGAGGGAUAUGGAGACAAGUGUGGCAGACCAGGGGGAGGACGGAAAGACGGAGAUGUCACUCAUGCACUUCCAUCUUACCAACCCAGAGUGGAAGCCCCCAGAGAACUGCAGCCUGUUCCUGACCCAGAUCCGGGAGCAGGUGCAGAGGGAGGUGGUGGCCCUCAGCUCCCUGCAGCCUGUCAACCCACACAUGUCAGGCAUGGAGGGGACCUACCAGAGCUUGCUGCCCAGUGGGGCCACAGGGCUGGGGCUAGGGUAUGCCAGCCUAGUGUCCAGUGUGGCAGGGCACAGUGCCAUACUUUCACCAUCUGUCCAUAUGUCCAACCCCUUCCAGUCAGGUAUCACUCCUAGGUUUCGCGGGGCAGUCUCCCAGACAGAGGGCCCCUUGUCCAGCUCGGGUGGGCCCCUAACCAGCUUCUACAGCCCACACGGCUCCCUGCAGCAGUCUGCAGCAGACCCCUCCCUGAUCCAUCCUCCUACCUCCCUCCUGCUGCCCCCCACCUCAGUAUCCCAGAGACAUUAUGACGAGGGACAAAUAGAACUUAUGUCCGCGGAGAUGAGCGUCAGUGCUCUCUUCAUGCACGAUAUACGGACUCGGAGGGCAAGGGGUUUCCCCUACGAGAAUCUGGACGAUAUAAGGGCGCGGUCGCUAUGGCAACGCCAUGAAACUUCCAUGGCAACGCCAUCGUCAGGUGGGACUACUCCGCUUCCCCAUAUUGAGGAGAAGCCUAUGGAAGAAGAGGGAAAAGAGGAUAGCUAGAUUAUAAUUUCAUUUAUUUUCUUUUGAAUUUUCAUGACUUAAUGCGGAUGUUUGCAAAAAUAAAUAUUGUUCAUUCAAAUUAACUUAAUUUUUAAAUUAUAAUUGAUUUCAUGAUAGUAUGAUUAUUUGUAACUGUUAACUGUUUGUAAGUUAACUAUAUGUACUUUGAAUGUGAAUUCAACAAAAUUCAGUGUUAGGUAUAUAAUAUUUAUUUUAGUGAUAAAGAUUCAUAUGCAUGUGAUUUAAAGCCUGUAAAAUACUAGUGAGUGUAUAAAUGUUUUUUAUAGGGAUAGUCUGUCAAACAAGUGGUUCCUGAAUGAUUGAAUACAAUCUGAAUUAAAGCGUGCUGUUAGGUCUAUUGUAGGCAUACAGAUUAUAGAGAAAAUAAUUUGUUGAUUUGGUUCAUGCAGGUACAUAACAUUGAAGCUUCUGUAACAAUUUUUCAACAUGCAUCUUAUUUGAGUUAUUUCAAGUAAUGUGGUUUUGAUUGUGUUUGUAUUUUGUAAGUUUGCUUUCAUUGCCAACAAAACACAGAGUUGACCACAAUUUUUUUGAAACAUGUGAGUUGUCUAAUGAUUCUGAUCAUCAUCAUACUGUAGCCUGGUCCCAUGUGUGCAUACCCGGGAAUGACAGGCCAGAGCUCUGCUUACUAAACUGACCUGGCCCUCUUGUUUUGAAUACCCUAGAUUUAAACCUGACAUAAAAGUAUUCAUCAAGCUGUAUUAAACUUGUAACUAGUUCAUCUACGGGUAUGUGCGGUUUCCUUCAAGCUAACUUUCUAUGUGAGAUUGCCAAUUUUGUGAGGGCAAGUAUGUUUUCCCUUUACAGUAUUCUAGGGAACAUAUUUGAAAUGCUGCGUUUGUUUGUUUGUUUUUCAUAAUUUGCUUAACAAACAUAAAAAGCAAAACUUUUAUAAAUGAUGACUCAAAGUGAUAAUUAAGACAUGUUCAUAUUUUGCGUAAACUUGUGUCAUUAACUAUUUUGUAAAUACUUGUGUUUGAUAUCUUUGAUUAUGACAAUUGCAAUGACCAUUAUCAGCAUUGCAAAUACUUGUUAAAUACAUGUUAGUGUAUGUAAAAUGGGCAUAAAUGAGAUCAGUUACAAUAUAUAUCACUAGUCACAUACAUUUUCAUAUUACAUGUGUAUAUUAAACUGCCAGUUUGACAUACUGUCAAUGGUGUAUUACUGAAAUAUGAGCUUCAUAUUUUCAUUACUGAGCAUUCUGUUACUCAUGUUCUCAUCAUUGGUGUUUAGUUUGAAUACGUGUGUUGUAGUUUAAUUAGGUGUAGCUGGGCAUUUUAGAGGAGUCCUUGUAGUAUUAUGGCAUUAUACGUUUUGUGGUUUGCUUAGUUUCAAAAUUGUUUUAUAUAAAGCUUUGUUCUUAAAACGAUAAUCUUGAUCGGAUUCCGGUGAAUAAUCAGUACUUUGUGUCUAUAUAAACAAGAAUAUGGACCGCUUUCAGAGUGGGCAUUAACCCAGGGAUCAUAUCCAAUCUACCAGUGUAGGAUUGACAUAUUUGACAUAUUUUAAACGUAUGGUUAAGAAAAAAUCUUAGAAGAAAAUAUAUAUAAAGUUCUCUCUUAAUUGGCCCUUGCAGUAGAUUUCAAUGAUAAAUGACCACACGCCUAAUAGCCAUAUUUUAUAUGUUUUAUGCAUGUGUAUUUUCAAAAUUGUUGUGCUCCUUGUUGUUAUUAAAACGUCUUUCAUGAUAUUAUAUGUUGUUUUUCUGCUUUUAAAAUGGCAUAAAUAUGUAAAUGUGUACAUUGAAUAAUAACAACCUAACAGGCUGUACUGUACAGUGUAGUGUUUAUGGCAGUUUUGCAACCUUUGAUUUCUCCGUUUUAUGUUUAGCCUAUUAUAAUAACCAUUAUAACAAUAAACCAUGAAAAUGGUA